UUCCGAUCGUGCGCAGUUCUCCUUGUUCAGUCUACUCGUUCACUGUUCGUCACUUAAUUUUCAGUACUGGGGCGACUGGCAAAAAAAUGUCUUUGCUUUCCGCACGAUUAGCUGCCACAUUGGCAAGAAAUGCCCCUAAAAAUGUAUCACAGAUCGCGGGAGCUGCCUUCCCUGCUGCAUCCGUUGCAGCCCGCAACUUCCAUGCUACUCCACAAAACAAAGGUGCUGAAAUUUCAUCCAUUCUUGAAGAGCGCAUCCUUGGUGCUGCUCCAAAAGCCAACCUCGAUGAAACAGGACGAGUCUUAAGUAUUGGUGACGGUAUCGCCCGUGUAUAUGGGUUGAACAAUAUCCAAGCCGAUGAGAUGGUGGAAUUCUCCUCUGGUCUCAAAGGUAUGGCCCUUAACUUGGAACCUGACAACGUUGGUGUUGUAGUAUUUGGUAAUGACAAACUCAUUAAGGAAGGUGACAUUGUCAAGAGAACUGGUGCCAUUGUAGAUGUGCCUGUAGGUGACCAAAUUUUGGGACGUGUAGUAGAUGCCUUAGGUAACCCAAUUGAUGGCAAAGGACCAUUGAACACCAAACAACGUUUCCGUGUAGGUAUCAAGGCCCCCGGUAUCAUUCCACGUAUCUCUGUAAGAGAACCUAUGCAGUCUGGAAUCAAGGCUGUAGAUUCUCUUGUACCAAUUGGUCGUGGUCAGCGUGAGUUGAUCAUUGGUGAUCGUCAAACUGGUAAAACUGCUUUGGCUAUUGAUACAAUCAUCAACCAAAAACGAUUCAACGAUGCUGAAGAUGAAAAGAAGAAAUUGUACUGCAUUUACGUUGCCAUCGGUCAAAAGAGAUCUACCGUGGCUCAAAUCUUGAAGCGUCUUACAGACACUGGUGCAAUCAACUACACAAUCAUUGUAUCAGCUACUGCAUCUGAUGCUGCACCAUUGCAAUACCUCGCCCCAUACUCCGGAUGUGCUAUGGGUGAAUAUUUCAGAGAUAAUGGCAAACAUGCCCUCAUCAUUUAUGACGAUUUGUCCAAACAAGCCGUAGCCUACCGUCAGAUGUCUCUGUUGCUUCGUCGUCCUCCAGGUCGUGAAGCCUACCCUGGUGAUGUAUUCUACCUUCACUCUCGUCUUUUGGAACGUGCUGCUAAGAUGUCUGAAGCCCACGGUGGUGGUUCAUUGACUGCUUUACCCGUAAUUGAAACCCAAGCUGGUGAUGUAUCAGCCUACAUUCCAACCAAUGUCAUUUCCAUCACUGAUGGACAAAUCUUCUUGGAAACUGAAUUGUUCUACAAAGGUAUCAGACCUGCAAUUAACGUAGGUUUAUCUGUAUCCAGAGUAGGAUCAGCUGCUCAAACUAAGGCCAUGAAACAGGUCGCCGGUUCCAUGAAACUGGAAUUGGCCCAAUACCGUGAAGUAGCUGCUUUUGCCCAAUUCGGUUCAGAUCUUGAUGCUGCUACUCAGCAAUUGUUGAACAGAGGUGUACGUCUUACUGAAUUGUUGAAACAAGGUCAAUAUGUACCCAUGGCUAUUGAAGAACAAGUAGCCAUCAUCUAUUGUGGUGUAAGAGGACAUUUGGACAAAGUUGAUCCAUCAAAGAUUACAGUAUUUGAAAAACAAUUCUCAGAACACAUCAAGACUAGCCACAAAAACAUCUUGCAGAGCAUUGCCAAGGAAGGAAAAAUCACAGACGAAACUGACGCACAACUCAAGAAAGUUGUUCAAGAAUUCUUGGCUAGCUUCGCUGGUUAAAUAUAAAUAAUGCAAUUAAUAUUAAUACCUAAAUCGUCACUUUUGUUGAUGUGAUCUGUAAACGUUUAAGAACUUCAUGACCUGUAAUCCUUUCAAACUUAGAAUAAUUAGGCAGGAAUCCUAUGUUAACCAAUAAGGCACGUGAAAGAUUUUUCUUUUCUCCAUUUUACAAUAUUUAUCGAUCAUUGUUUUUUAAGGAUAUCUUAUUUGUAAAAAUAAAAAAUAAACUUUAUAUUUUUUUGUUUUAAUUUUA